UUUAAUUUAACAGUAGGCACGUACAAUGAGGGAUUAAGCCUAUUUGGUUGCCAUUUUAGUUGUCAGCCAUUUAUUCCUCAUGCUCCCUCAUAUUCUUCGAUCCAUCAUUUUAAUUCCCAUUUGGAUAGUUAAACAUUGUACUUCAAUUUGAAUUUCGACUUUUGCAAUUGGAUAAGUGGAUAAGAUAAGAUACAAUUUUCUAGACUACACUUUCUGUCAUAAUGGAUGACUCAAAAAUUAAUUUAGUAUUAUCUGGAUCCGAAGUCUUCGUUUGGAGUGCAGAUGAUUGGUUAAAAUUAAGACAGGAGCAUAGAGUAGUUGGGGAAUGUAUUGGAUGUAUUGCAAAAAAACCAAGACAAGAUACUCUUUCUGGCUUGCCCAUGCUUUUACUUCCAGAAGAAGCGAAACUUUUAUUAGAAAAAGGCAUAUGUCAGCUAAUUCAGCAUCCAGUACUAAAAGAAACACCUUGUGAAUCUUUAAAAAAAAAGUUUGAAGAAUAUAGGAGUAAAUUGUAUGAGGAGCAACAGGAAUGUUUAAUCGAUCAAAGGCGGAUACAGGUAUUAUCUGUAAUGGAUAAAAUUAUAGAAGGCAAAAAGAGAAAAACCUUGGGAUUGCAUACAAGGAAAAAGAAGUUAAAAAAACCUCUUGAUGAUGAAACAAAAACUGCAUUAGAUAAUGUAGAAGUUGAUAGAAAAGCUUUAAUCGAGGAAGAAAUGUCCAAGCUACCAAAAUUAAAAAUGACCGAUGCACUAGUACAAACGCAUACCGCAUUUCCGUGGCACACUGAUAUUAUUAAGAUAGAAAAUUGGUCUUUUCCUUCUAACGACGAAGAAUCCCUGAAAUAUAAAGUAUUUAAAGAUAUUUGGGAACAAGGUUAUUACGUAACUAGUGGGCAGAAGUUUGGCUGUGAUUUUUUAGCAUAUCCGGGUGAUCCCAUUAUGUUUCACUCUCAAUUGUUAAUUCACUGUAAAAAUAGGAACGAAGAAAUGUCUGUAACGGAACUUGUUGCGGGAAGUCGUAUUGGGAGCCAUGUAAGAAAAACCUUGGUUUUUGCAACAUUAUCAACAGAUGGUGAACGCAUCGAAUACUGUUCCUCUAGAUGGGCAGAUUCAUCGAUGGGAGAGUUCUAACAAAAAUCUUUCAAAAAUUUACAAUUUAUUAACAUUAUAAAUACAAUAAACUAUAUAGUACAAAGAA